AUGUUCUUGAGCCCUUUUUACCGCACUCGCUGGCGUUCAGGAGAUAUGAUGGAACCUCACCUACGUCCAGAACGCAAACCCAGACGGCCUUUUUCCACGACGCGUGGUCGGCGUAAAUGGCUCUUGGCCGCCACCGCCGGUCAACGUUCAGACAACUGA